AGUAGUUGUGCUACGGCUGUCCCCCGGAACAAAGCCCGGCCAACGAGGGUAGGCACGGCGCAUUCCGCGGCGAGAGGCAGUUGCUAGCAUGGCAGAUGCAACGGUGAAGCUUGUGCUGGGGAUGGAGGGGACGGAUGAGAAGUUUGAAGUUGUGGUGGGCUCGUACGAUGAGCUCUCGAGCGAGGCCAAGAAGCAGUGGCGCGAGCUGUACGGCAAGGCGCUGUCACACCGGAUGGUUGUGGGCGGGAACAAAGUGACGCGCGACGACUUUGGGGCGCUCAAGCCCGGGACGCUGGUCAUGCUUGAGGCCAAGGAAGAGAAAAAGUCCAAGUCCAAGUCCAAGUCCAAGUCCAAGUCGAAAUCCAAGUCCAAGUCCAAGUCCAAGUUGCGCGGGUCGAUGGGCUCGCGGGCGUCAUCGUCUGUGGAGAUUUCCGACAUCGACGCAAGGGACAUGAAGCUGGCCGACUUUGACAUCAUCAAGACGGUGGGCACGGGCACGUUUGGGCGCGUCCUGCUUGCCAACUUUUCCAAGAAUGGCUCUGUCUACGCCAUCAAGUGUCUCCGCAAGGCAGACAUUCUGCGGCAGAAGCAGCUGCGGCACGUCAAGUCUGAGACCGAGAUCCUUGCGCGGAUCUCGCACCCUUUAUUGUUAACAUGAGGUGGUGCUUCCAGGACCUCCGCAAUGUGUACAUGGUGCUCGACUAUGUCGUCGGCGGUGAGCUCUUUACCUACCUCGGCAACCUCGGACAGUUCACCAAGCGUAUGACCGUCUUCUUUGCCGCCGAAAUCGUCCUCGUCCUCGAGUACCUGCACUCACUCGGCAUUGUCUACCGCGAUCUCAAGCCCGAAAACGUGCUCAUCGACCGCGAUGGCCACAUCCGCAUCACCGACUUUGGUUUUGCCAAGUACCUCGACGACUCCACCUUUACCGUCUGCGGCACCGUCGACUACCUUGCGCCCGAAAUCAUUAAGAAGCAGGGCCACGGGUUCGGCGUCGACAUUUGGGCCGUCGGCGUCCUCAUCUACGAGAUGCUCGCCGGCGUCCCGCCCUUUGACGACGACUGCCAGAUCGCAGUCUGCACUCGAAUCCUCGACGUUGACCUCGACUUUCCACCCGAGUUUGACGAUGACACCAUCGACAUUGUCGAGGGCCUCUGCACCGAGGAGGAGGAGGAUCGCCUUGGCUGUGGCCCGCGCGGCUUUGCAGAGAUCAAGGAGCAUCCGUUCUUUUCCACUGUCGACUGGGACGCCGCUCUCAAGCGCAAGAUGAUGCCACCCUUUGUCCCGGCCGUCGACGAGGAAGACGACACCUCGUGCUUCCCCGACUACGACGAGGUCGAUGUCACAGCCCUCGAAGCCGAGGACUACGAUGUUGACCAGGAGCUGUUCAGCGAGUUUUGCAAGCGGGAAUGACUGCCGAAAACAACACCUUGUGUCCA